AUGGCCGCAAACCAGAGUCUCGCGGGCAAGAUUGCCGUGGUUUCCGGUAGUUGCAGUGGUAUUGGGCAUGCAAUAGCGAAGGAGCUCAGCGCUCGAGGAGCCCACGCCGUAAUCAACUACCCAAACGCCUCCCUAGCAAAUGAAGCGGCCGCAGCAGUGGCGGCACUUUCCACCCCAGGAAUCGCGAUCGAAGCCAACAUUAGCACUGUGGACGGACCGAGGAAGUUGAUAGAAGGUGCAGUUGAGGCUUAUGGUCACAUUGACAUUCUUGUCAAUAACGCCGCAAUUGCCAUCAAUUUGCCAUUUGAGGAACAAACGCUCGAUCACUGGGAUUAUUUGGUCAAUCUCAACGGUCGUGGAACAUUUCUCUUGACGCAGCAGGCUCUGCCAUACCUUACCCGCGGAAGUGGACGCAUCGUCAACAUUUGUUCCAUUAGCUCCCGCGCUGCCCCUCCUCUACAAACUAUUUACGCCGGGACCAAGGGGAUGGUGGAUUCUUUCACCCGGGUUUGGGCAAAAGAGCUUCCCCCAAAAUAUGGGUGCACCGUCAAUGCUGUGUCCCCUGGCCCUACUGCGACGCACGGGUUCUUGAGUGCCGGAGAGGAAGCCAUGAAGGUCCUAGGGCCUACAAUUGAAGCAACGCCGGCGGCGAAAAGGCUAGGCAAGCCAGAAGAAAUAGCGGAUGCUGUGGCGUUUCUUUGCGAAGAACGAUCCCGAUGGGUCAAUGGAGAACACAUGUUCGUCAAUGGGGGGCUAUACAUGGACUGA